UGCGUGACAGACAAGAUUAGCUCCGGUGAAUUGUGCUUCAUAUAAUUGAAAAUAGAUUAGCAGUUAAGGUUUUUUCAAACGACCACCGAAGGUGCUCUACGUGCUGCUACUUACGGUAAGAAAAGAAAAGUUACCUUUGUUAAUCAGCAGGUUCUCAAACUAGCCAAACCGUACUCAGGAAAACACCGGGACAACAAGUGUUGGUGCUAGGGUUUUUUGUUUGCCAAAAUUACUACGUGCGCUGGAUCGGGAGGCAUUCAAGCACGCCCACAGACUCUUUGGACUUGCCGACCUUUACACCUUCUGCGUAAUUCUACCCAUUCAAUGAACUGUUCAGACAGUAAGUUGUCAUACAAUACUUGCUGUGGAUUUACGACAGUCAAUGAAGAAUAAAAACUGUGUCUAUUUCUAGCCAUAAUCUCAUCCAAUACUGGGAAACGCAGUGAACUAGACAGUCAGCUAACCGUAGUUUAUAGUCCAUACACUGUCGCGCUAGUUUUGUGAAGAGAGAGCAACAGUCAUCCAGUUUUCGUGACAUCAUUCCUAGAAGUUAACUCCAGUGAGUUCGUUAAAUAUGCCAGAGGGAGCCCAACUCGACGAGUUUCAGGAUUCAUGUCUUGAAGCCCACAACAGGGUACGAGAAGCUCACGGAGCUGUCCCACUGAGAUGGUCUGAAGAUGUAGCAGCCCAAGCCGCAAGCUGGGCUCAAAACCUGGCUGAAAAAGGCUACAGACAACACAGUGAGAACCAAUUGCUUGGUGAGAGUAUACACAUUUCAACCAUGGAUGACGACGUCAGUGGAGAUGGGUUGGUCGAUAUAUGGAAGAGAGAAACAGAUUAUUUCGACUUUGACAAACCAAGAUGGCAGAAGGGUACUGAACGGUUCACACAGAUGAUCUGGAAGUCAUCCGCUGAAAUUGGAAUCGCCAAAGUCAAGAUGGUGAACACGGAGAGAUUCGUGACAGUGGUGAAUUAUCGGCCGCCAGGAAACUCAAACAGACCCAAUGAUUUCAAAAAGAAUGUACUUCCAAAACAAUAGUUUAAAUCUAAAAACACAAAAUCAUUGUAGAUAUUAUAAUAGUUUGUACUCUUUAAAAAGGCGAGAUUGUUUUGUAAAUUUUAAAGGGGAAUGCAGGCCUCAUGCUUCAUUUUUGAAAGGGCAAGGGCACCAAGGUAUUUUCUUCUUGGUUAAGGGCACACUUACUUACUACUGUAGCCGUUUCAAGGGCACCGAUGCAGUGACCAGGGGGCAAGGAGGCAAUCGCCUCCUUUGCAGUGACCAGGGGCCAAUUU